AACACGCACUUUUAUGGUGUAAUUAUUGAAGAAUUAACUAAAGGGCAUCAAAAAGUUAAAGUAAAACUAGAAAAAAUCAAAAAUACUGUUGUAGAGAUUCUUGCAAGUAAUUUAAGAUAUGAAAAACAAGUUCCUUCAAAUCAAACAACACCUGCAAAUAUAGAUCAUAAAAUGGAUAUAGCUCAUAAGGAUCUUUCUGAUGAUAAUGAAAGCAGUUCAGAGGAAGAAGAUAGUAAUGCAGAUA